ACUCGUCUGAUUCUCUUUCUUGUGUUAUACUGUACUAAUGAAGCAACGAAAUGCAACGGUUACGACCAAGAUCAGUUCCCCCAAGGCGGAUAUUUUCUUGCAGCCAGUGAUGGCUUAUGGGACAACGGAGCUGCUUGUGGUCGGAAAUACCAGAUGCGGUGCAUCAGCGGCCCCAAAAGAGCAUGUAAGGGUGGAUCCAUAGUUGUAGAGGUGGUGGAUUUUUGUCGUGAUAAUCCAUGCCCAGCCACACUGAUGCUCUCCAACAAAGCCUUUGACGCUGUCUCAAGAAUCCCCACUGCCAAAAUCAAUGUCGAGUACAUACAGAUUUGAUGGGAUUUGCAGUAGCUCACUGAGAAUAGUAAAGGAUGAGGAGGUCACUGGCCAAAUGGUUAUAGCCUUGUAUAGUUCAAUGAAAUAAAAGUACUCAGUGUAUGAGAUUUUUCUUUUUCCCGUACUAUUCUGAUGAAUAAAUUCAAAUUCCUUAAGACCACGACUAAUAGUUAGCUUUGAAAUCUUGCUGGUUCUCUCUCA